CGCCACAGAUUGCCCAGAGACGCGCCAAGCACAAGCACCAUGGCCGAGCUCGACGCCAUCCUCGGCAAUGAUGAAGGCGGCAUGGACAUGGACAUGGGCGGCACUAAUCAAGGCGCGCCGCGGCGGAACCCGGCGUACGAGCAGCUCUUAACCGCGUGGCGGUCGGAGCAGGCCUGCCCGGAAGUGCUGCCCUGGCGCGGCGAUUUAGUAGAUGCUUUAUUAGAUGCGGCGGAGCAGCAGGAGGCCAUGGUCAAGGCGACGGUCGAGCAAGGGGGCGACGUCGACGAGUGCUUGUUUUCGGCGCCGUUGUACGAGAGCGAGCUCGCGCGGUGCCGUUUUGUGGUUGGUUCGUACGUGCGCUGUCGACUACGUAAAUUAGAAAGACAGUGCGGGUACAUCAUCGCGGACGACGACGCCUACGGUCGUCUCUCAGACGCCGAAAAGACGCACGCCGUCAAGUACUUGGAUUUGAUCGAAAAGCACCACCGCGCGUCGUUACUCGAAGAUCUACCGGAACCCUUCCGCGACGAGCGCAAGGACGGCGACGAGGCCUGCCCCGAGGUGUUGGCCAAAGCUAUUUCCAAAGCUCCGGCGUUGGACCGCUUCGUCUUCAUCAAGGCGAACAAGGACCUGGGGGACGUGCAGAUCGAUAGUAGUGGCGAGACGGCGUUCAUCUCGAAGGGCGACACGCACGCGCUGCGCUACGGGCCCGUGCGGGAUUAUGUGCUGGACGGGAGCCUGAGCCUCGUCUAA